AUGCAGACUCUGCGUGAAAAGAAGACAACACUAACUCAGAUCCUGUCUGCUGAUAUCAGCUUUGUCCUCCAGCAUGUGCAGGAGAAACAACUCAUCACUGACCGUGAAUACACAAACCUCAAUGUCCCUUCUCAUAGCCGUGAACAGAUUUCUGUCAACUUACUGGACAUACUGAUGAACAAGGGUGAAGAAACAUGUCAGAAAUUCAUCAGUCUAUUAAAGGAGCCUGUUAUUGUGAACCAGUUUCCAAGACUAAAAGAUCUUUUCCCAAUCGAGUCUGCAGAGCUCAGACAAGUACCAGACAAUCAAGACAUCACAAUCAGACUGAAAUCCAGUCUGAAACGGAAAUAUGAGCGCAUUUUGGAUGGGACUUCAGUGAGAGGCCAUAGAAAGUUCCUGAAUGACAUCUACACCGAUCUUUACAUAGUGGAGGAUGAGACUGGAGGAGUCAUUCAUGAACAUGAGAUUGUGCAGGCUGAGGCAUCAGCAAAGAGGUUUAAAACAGAGGAAACUCUAAUCACAUGCAGUGAUAUUUUCAAGGUCCCCUCUGAUCCAGGUCGAAGACACAGAAAAGUGCUGACUAUGGGAAUUGCUGGAGUGGGGAAAACUGUCUCAGUGAGCAAAUUCAUACUGGACUGGGCAGAAGGAAAGAACAACCAGGACAUAGAUUUUAUUUUUCCACUUCCCUUUCGAGAGCUGAAUUCCGUGAAAGAUAAAACAUACAGCCUGAUAGAGUUGCUUCAUGAAUAUUUUGAAGAUUCCACUGAAUUGAAGUCUCUUCCAGAUGGUGAUGGUAAAGUCAUGUUCAUUUUUGAUGGACUCGAUGAGUGCCGUUUCCGUCUUGACUUUACUGAGAAAGAAAAAGUGAAAAGGAUUAAUCAAAAGACAUCAGUGGGUGGACUAAUAACCAACCUAAUCAAGGAAAAUCUGCUUCCAUCUGCUCUCAUCUGGAUAACCUCCAGACCAGCUGCAGCCCAUCUGAUCCCUCGAGACUACAUUGACCAGGUGACUGAAGUACGAGGAUUCAGUGAUGAACAGAAGGAAGAGUACUUUAGGAAGUACAAUGACAAGGACCAGGAUACAGCCAACAAAAUGAUCUCACACAUAAAGAAAUCAAAGAGCAUCCACAUCAUGUGUCACAUACCAGUCUUCUGCUGGAUAUCAGCCACUGUGCUUCAGCCAGUGCUCGCCACAGACACCAGCGAAGAACUCCCCACAACUCUGACUGGGAUGUAUACACAGUUUCUACUUUUCCAAAGCAAUCAAAUGAAAAAGAAAUACAAGACUGAGCAUAUCAUUAUGAAGCUUGGAAAGUUGGCCUUCCUUCAGCUGGAGAAGGGUAAUCUGAUAUUCUAUGAGGAGGACCUGAGAGAGUGUGGCAUUGAUGUCAAUGAGGGUUCAGUGUACUCAGGAUUUUGCACACAGAUAUUCAGUCAAGAGCAGGGAGCCUCUGAGAGGAUGGUGUUCAGCUUUGUGCAUCUGAGUGUUCAAGAAUUCCUUGCUGCGGCCUAUGUGUUUCUCUCCUACUGUAAUAACAGAGAGAAUGUUCUUAAUCCUGGUCCAGCUUGGUAUUACUCCGACCUCCACAGAUGUGCCAUUGAGAAGGCCUUAAAGAGUGAGAACGGACACCUGGACCUUUUCCUCCGCUUCCUUCUUGGUCUCUCGCUGGAGUCCAAUCAGAGACUCCUGAAUGAGCUACUGCCACAAAGAGUGAUUGGAGAAGUGAGUGUGGAGGGAACGGUCCACUACAUUAAAGAGAAACUCAACGAGAACAUCUCAUCAGAGAGGAGCAUCAAUCUCCUCUACUGUCUGAUGGAACUGAAGGAUGACUCCCUUGUGCACGAAAUUCAAAAGUACUUGGGCUCAGGACGCCUCUCAACACAGAAGCUCUCAUCUGCUGAGUGGUCAGCUCUGGUCUUUGGACUGCUGAUGUCAGAUGAAACUCAAGAAAAGUUUGAGCUGAAGAAAUACAGAAGAUCAGAUGAAGGGUUGAUGAGACUUCUGCCAGUACUGAAAAACACCAAACGGGCUCUACUUGCUGGUUGUAAUCUCACUGAACUGUCCUGUGAAGCUGUAGCCUCAGUUCUACAGUCAAUAAUCUGUCCACUGAGAGAACUGGACCUGAGUAACAAUGACCUUCAGGAUUCAGGAGUGAAACAGCUUUGUGCAGGACUGAAGAAGCUAUGCUGUAAACUGGAGAUACUGAGACUUGCUGGUUGUAAACUCACUGAACAGUCCUGUGAAGCUGUAGCCUCAGUUCUACAGUCAGUAAAGUGUCCCCUGAGAGAACUGGACCUGAGUAACAAUGACCUUCAGGAUUCAGGAGUGAAGAUGCUCUGUGUGGAACUGGAGAAUCCACACUGUAAACUGGGGACACUGAGACUUACUCUCUGUAAACUCACUAAACAGUCCUGUGAAGCUGUAGCCUCAGUUCUACAGUCAGUAAACUGUCCCCUGAGGGAACUGGACCUGAGUAACAAUGACCUUCAGGAUUCAGGAGUGAAGAUGCUCUGUGUGGGACUGAAGAAUCCACACUGUAAACUGGAGAUACUGAGGUUGUCUGGUUGUUUAGUGACAGAGGAAGGCUGUUCUUCUCUGGCUUCAGCUCUGAGUUCAAACCCCUCACACCUGAGAGAACUGGAUCUGAGCUACAAUCACCCAGGAGACUCAGGAGUGAAGCUGCUCUCUGAGAGAAAGAAGGAUCCACACUGUCGACUGGACACACUCAAUGUGGAUCAUGGAGCAGAGUUCAGGAUCAAACCAGGAUUAAAAAAAUAUGCCUGUGAUCUCACACUGGACCCAAACACAGUAAACACACACCUCACUCUGUCUGAGGGGAACAGAAAGGCGACAUAUGUGAUAGAGAAUCAGUCGUAUCCUGAUCAUCCAGAGAGAUUUGAUGGCUGGUGUCAAGUCAUGUGUAGAGAGAGUUUGACUGGACGCUGUUACUGGGAGACUGAGUGGAGUGGAGGUGCUGAUAUAUCAGUGACAUAUAAAGGAAUCAGGAGGAAAGGAAAGAGUUAUGACUGUGUGUUUGGAAACAAUGAAAAUUCCUGGAGACUGUGGUGCUCUGAUAACAGUUACUCCAUCCUUCACAAUAAUCAGGAAACUGACAUACCUGCCCCCCCCUCACACACACACAGAGUAGGAGUGUAUCUGGACUGGUCAUCUGGAACUGUGUCCUUCUACAACGUCUCCUCUGACACACACACACUCACACACAUACACACAUUACAGUGCACAUUCACUGAGCCCCUCUGUGCAGGGUUUGGGGUUUAUGGUUGUGUUUCUGAUGACUCCUCAGUGUCACUUGCCUCAUCUUUUGUCUUCACGUGA